AACAUGAAGAUACUGAGGAACAAACAGACCUGUUGGUGCUGAAAGAAGAGCGUGAAGAACUGAAUGAAAUGCAAGAUAAAGAUCAGUGUAAGAAAUAUCAUGAUUCCAUAACUGGACAAAAAUCAGAAAAGACUUGCUCACAAAAAAGAGCUCAAAAGACUGUUAGUAGAAGUGAUUUCACCUGCCAACAGUGUGGAAAUAGUUUCAGUCGAAAAGGAAGCCUCCAAAGGCACAUGAUAAUUCACACUGGAGAGAAACCUUAUACAUGCCAUCAAUGUGGAAGGAGUUUUCCACAUAAACACAAACUCAAUGCCCACAUGAAAAUUCACACUGGAGAGAAACCUUAUACAUGCCAUCAAUGUGGAAGGAGUUUUCCACAUAAACACAAACUCAAUGCCCACAUGAAAAUUCACACUGGAGAGAAGCCUUUCACCUGCAAACAGUGUGGAAAGAGUUUCAUUGAAAAAACAAUCCUUAAAAGCCACAUGACAAUUCACACAGAAGAAAAGCCUUACACCUGCUCUCAGUGUGGAAAAGGUUUUACUCAACAAGGAAGCUUUAACAGGCACAUGAUGAUUCACGCUGGAGAACAGCCUUACAACUGCCAACAGUGUGGAAAAAACUUCAGUCAAAUAGGAAGCUUUAAAUACCACAUGAGCACUCACACCAGUGUAGCGUCUAAUCAACAAGGAAACCUUAAAGCCCACAUGAGGGUUCACACGGGAGAGAAGCCUUUCACAUGCAAACUGUGUGGAAAUAGUUUCAAUCGAAAAACAAGCCUUCAAAGGCACAUGAUAAUUCACACUGGAGAGAAACCUUAUACAUGCCAUCAAUGUGGAAGGAGUUUUCCACAUAAACAAACUCUCAAUGCCCACAUGACAAUUCACACUGGAGAGAAACCUUUCACCUGCAAACUGUGUGGAAAGAGUUUCAUUCAAAAAACAAUCCUUAAAAGCCACAUGACAAUUCACACAGGAGAAAAGCCGUUCACCUGCCAACAGUGUGGAAAAUGUUUCACUCACAAAGGAACCCUUAAAAAACACAUGAGCGUCCACACUGGCGAGAAGCCUUACACAUGUUCUCAGUGUGGAAAACAUUUUACUCAAGGAAGCUUUAACAGGCACAUGAUGAUUCACACUGGAGAAAAGCCUUACACCUGUCAACAGUGUGGAAAAAGCUUCAAUCAAAAAGGAAACUUUGAAUACCACAUGAGAAUUCACACCAGAGAGAAGCGUUAAACCUGCAUCUGUGUGGAAAGAGCUUCAAAACAAAACUAAACCUUAGCCAUCACAUGAACAGAAGCCAUUUACAUGUGAUCAGUGUGAAAAGAGCUUCAGACAUAAAGUAUCCCUUAAUAAGCACAUGAGGAUUCACGCUGAAAAGAGGCCUUUCACGUAUCUUCAGUGUGAAAUUUGUUUCACAUAUCAAAAAGACCUCAAAACAUAAUUUGCAAACUCAUUUUGGACAGACAUUGCCGUGCUCCUCAGUGUGACAAGAGGUUUACAGAAAGGAGCUACUGCAAAAAUGA